AUGUCGUCCUUCCGCUACACGCACACGCGUGAACGCGAACGCGACCGCAACACUUCAUCUCCACCACCGUCACUCCCCCGCCGCACCUCGUUCAAGCGCCAGCGUCUCUUCUCCUCAGACGACGAAGACGCCGGCUACGACGACUACCCCUACGCGGGCAACCACCGGCCCUCGCGCGCCCUAGUCAAGCGCGACCAGCCGACCCAGCUCGAGCGCUGGGGCAUCUGGACCGACGCGCGCAAGCAGGAGCGCUGCGACUCGGCCGCCGAAGAUGACGGCGACAGGCGCGAGCCACUGCGGCCACGGGCCAGGACGAGGAAAGUCAGUUUCGCAGCACGCGUCGAGCGGGAUGCGGACGAGGGCGAGGAUGAAGAGCGCGCGUUCCGAGUGCAAGUCGCUACGCUCGCUCGCUCGCGGCCUCGACCCGCCUCCCCGCCACCAUCGCGUAGACGGCAGACUGAGUCUGACGAUGAGAGGCGGGCCGUGCGCGGCUGGUCUGGUGAGCUGUUUCGGACGAGGGAGAGGUGCGUGAGUGAGGACUAUGAGGCGCACGAGAGGGCGAGGUCGCGGUCGAGAGAGUGUUGGCACAGGGAGAUGGGUUGGUGCGAUGAUGAGGUGGAUCAGAGGGAGACGGAGGUUGAGGCGGAGAGGUGGGUUACGUGGAGGAGGCUGAAGAGGACGAGGACGGAGGAGCGGAGGCCGUUGGCUGGAUGGCGGAGGAUGUGA